AUGGAGUUAGAUCUUCAUGGAUCACAAAUUCGAGCUUCAAAGGCGAUCGCAUUAGAAGAACAUGCGAGCCUUGUUUCAUCCAUCAACAAGAACAUGUCAAAAGCAUGUGAUUUUGUUCGUAUAUGUAAAGUUUCAGAGGAGUUCUAUAUGGAGAAUGAGGAUAAAUAUUUUCCUACAAUGGUCUCUAUUGGCCCGUUUCAUCGUGGCAAAGAGAAAUUAAAAGCCAUGGAGGAGCGAAAAUGGCAGUAUCUCAACACGCUUCUGUCACGUGCACUGAAUGUGGAAGCACGCUUAGGGAAGUGUGUUGAGGUAUUGAAAGGAUUAGAAGAUAGAGCUCGGAAAUGCUAUUUGGAAGAAAUUUGUAUGAAGAGUGAUGAGUUUGUGGAAAUGAUGUUGCUUGAUGGUUGUUUCAUUAUCGAGCUUUUCCACAAGUCGUGUUGUAAAGAAAUUAGACGAAGAGGGGAUCCAUUUCUAGCAACAUACCAUGUGUUUUUUCGAUUGAGACAUGAUUUGAUUUUGCUUGAAAAUCAAAUCCCCUUUUUUGUUCUUCAACAUCUAUUCGACCUUGUGCCUGUACCUAAACAGUGUGGUGACUACUCAUUGAUUGAACUCGCCUUUCGUUUUUUCAGAAAAACAAUUCAUGAGGACCCAUACGAUCUUCAAGAGAAAUUUGGCCAAGAUAUCCACCAUCUACUUGACCUAAUCCAUCAAUCUUUCAUACCCAAACCACACAAUCUCCGACUACAGUCAAAACAACCACAAUCACAAAUGAAUAUCUCAACUGCAACUGAGCUUCAUAAAAAUGAAACCAAGAUCAAGCGAGGCAAAUCUGGAAGCGUCUUGGAGGUAAAAUUCUACAAGGGCGCAUUGAGAAUUCCGACUUUGACACAUCAUGAUCUGAUGGAAACCAUCUUUAGAAAUUUCAUUGCAAUGGAGAACUCUUGUUAUGAUGCAACAAAGUACAUAACGUCCUAUGCAUUUCUCAUGAAGAGCUUAAUCCACACAAAUGAAGACGCCAAAUUUCUCCACAAGAAGGGAAUUCUUGACAAAGAUGAAGAAUUUGUUACAUUAUUCAACAAAAUAUCAGUCGAAGUAGACGCACAUAAUUUCUACUAUGGGGGUUUAUGCGAAAUAAUCAACACUUCUGCAAAAGUUAGCAAAAUUGUUUGGUUUGCAAGAAAAGUCAGAAAGCGUGUCAUUCGAUGCCUACGCCAGCUAUGAUUGUAUUAAAUAAAAUUUGUUAUAAAUAAAUAGUAAGAUUUUAGGUCAUCAAUACAAUGGUAAUGUUGAUCAUAUCGAUUUACAAUAAUUU